AUUCGCCUCUCGCUCUAUUCGCCGGUCCAUGUGAUAAUAGUGCAAGCGCACUGUGAAAGUUGGGGGAAAAGAACGGCUGACCGCCUCGCUGGUUCUACAGCAAAGAAAACCCAACCUCGCCACGGAUAAAGGACAGUUUGGAAAAGUUAUAUGCGUUCUACACUAUUAACGUACCUUGAGCCUACAGACCGACUCGACAAGGGAGUUUGUGUACCCAGAAACGUGCGCGUUUACCAGGAUUUUCUAAAAGGAUGAAUAUCUUGAAUUUAAGCCACGAACUAUCCACUUGCACAACGAAGACUGGAGGGGGGAGAAUUCUUUUUUGAAAGUGCGGCAAGGAAUGGUGGAAUUCACAGCUGUGGAAAAAAACACCAAGGACCCGCAUGGAGGUGGGAUAUAAGUGAUUCCAGAAGCGACUCCAGACUUGUUUUAUUUUGGGAUCGGAGCACCCGGGGACUAACUGCAACCACCUCCAUCUGACACAAGUUCAACAGGUGGAAAGGAGACGCGAGGAGACGUGUGAAGCUGUUUUGUACAAGUGUCCUGCAAGGAGAAGCCCACGGGAAAUGAGGGAGUGAAUCUGCAAAAGAAAGAAACGGAAACAGACACUCAGACAGACACACAGACGGACAGAGGGACCGACGGAGGGGUGAGGUGACAUGCCUCUUUGACGGUCAUUAGGAAACAAAUGAGUCAUCGCUAUGCCUGGCGGGACGGAGGUUCUUUCCUGUAUGCUGGUGUCAUCCUUACUCUUCACCACGGCGCUGUGGUCGUCGGGCACCACCCCCGCCCUCGCCCUCGUCUCCACCACCACCACCGUGACCUAUGACCCCGUGGCGCAGCACCCCACCUUCAGCCGCAACGACACCCUCUUCGAGCACCUGGCGCUGCACCCGGACCCGGCGCUGGGCCGCGUGUACCUGGGGGCCCGCGAUCGCCUCUUCCAGCUCUCCGCCGACCUGACCCUGGAGGAGGAGGAGCGCACGGGCCCCGUGAAGGACAGCCGCGACUGCCUGCCGCCCAUCACCGAGCACAACUGCCCGCAGGCGCGGCCCACCGCCAACCACAACAAGCUCCUAUUGGUCGACCCCUUCGGCGGCGAGCUGAUCAGCUGCGGCAGCAUCAACCAGGGCAUCUGCGAGAAGCGCAGCUUGGACAACGUCAGUCGGCUGCUGUUCGCCGCUGAGAAGCCCGUGGACACGCAGUACGUGGCGGCCAACGACCCGAACGUGACGACGGUGGGGCUGGUGGUGGGGGCGGGGGGCUCGCAGCGUGGCGGCGGCCGGCAGCCCGUGCUCUUCGUGGGCCGCGGCUUCACCAGCAGUCACCCGCCCAUCUCCACGCGCAACCUGGCGUCGGAGCCCGUCUUCUCCUACGAGGACACGGCCAAGCUGGCGGUGGCCGGCCGGCUCUCGGAGUACGACCACCACUUCGUGGCCUCGUUCGCGCACCGCUCGCACGUCUACUUCCUGUUCUACCGGCGCGACCUCAAGUCGCAGUCGCGCGAGUACCGCACCUACGCCUCGCGUAUCUGCCUGGACGACUCGGCCUACUACUCGUACGUGGAGGUGCCGCUCAGCUGCCGCUCGGCCGCGGGGAAGAACUACAACCUGCUGCAGGCCAUGCGCGUGGGGCUGCCCGAUGUUGGGGGCUCGUCGCCGGGAUCGCAGCAGGAGCAGGGGGGAGGCGCAGAGGAGGUGCUGCUGGGGGUCUUCUCCACGCGCUCCACCUCCGGGUCCAGGCCCAGUGAGGACUCGGCCCUCUGCAUGUUCUCCCUGAGGGAGUUGGACCAGCGCAUCAACGCCACCAGAGAUCUGUGCUACACGCAGCAGGGACGCGGGGAGAGCGGCAUGGAGGCGGCUUACAUUGAGUACGACGUCAAGUCCAACUGUGCCAACUUGCCCUCGAACACCUUGGAUGCCUAUCCUUGUGGUUCGGACCACACCCCCAGUCCCAUGGCGAGCAGAGUGCCCGUGGAAGCUGAGCCCAUAUUGGACAGCCCGUCCGCCCGUCUCACGGCCGUGGCCGUCAGCGUGAGGGCGGGACAUACCAUCGCCUUCCUGGGAGACUCCAAGGGAAAUCUACACAAGGUGUUUUUGGGUCCUAACGGGGAGGUGGAGGAGUACGCUGUCAUCAGCAUCCAGCCCAACGCACCAAUCAGCAGUGAGCUCAUGCUGGACCAAUCAGAGGAGCACCUCUAUGUUAUGACCCCAACAAUGCUGGAGAAGAGGCCGGUGGCCGAGUGUCAUCAGCAUACUGACUGCCACUCCUGCCUGUCUGCCCAUGACCCCUACUGCGGCUGGUGUGUGCUGGAAGGAAAGUGUGGUCAGCGUGCGUCAUGCUCGCGUGGCUCUCAGGAGGGCCAAUGGCUGUGGAGCUUUGACAUGGAGCAGCAGUGCCUCACCAUCCAGACACUACAGCCCUCCAACAUCAGCAGAGAGGAGAAGAGGAGUGUGUCUCUGUCCAUCCCUGGUCUGCCAGGCCUGGAGGAGGGGGAGUCCUACUCCUGUUUCUUCGAGGGCGACUCCAGCCCGGCCUCCCUGACCCACGCCUCAUCGGGCAUCACCUGCUCCUCUCCAGACGCCAGCAGGGUGCCCGCUGUACCCCCUGGGCAAGAUCACAUGACCGUCACCCUGUCGCUGCGGUUUGGGGACGUGGUGGUGGCCUCCCGUGACUUCACCUUCUACGACUGCAAGGCCGUCAAGCAGCUGUCGGGGAGUAUGCCGUGUCGAGGGUGUGUGUUGAGCCGCUGGAGGUGUAACUGGUGUGUGCAUCAGCACACGUGCACCCACAAGCCAGCCUGCGAUGAGGGGCUCAUCAUAUACAACGAACAUUUCAAAAUCCCCACCUCAGCCCCCCCAACGAGCCAGAUGCUUAAACAAACCACCACCGCCUCCAGAACCACCCUGACCACCACCACCCUCGCCACAACCACCCCCACAACCACAACCACCACCACCACCACUACAACCACCCAGGCCCCAACCACUCAAGCCCCCACCGAGCCCCCAACAACCACAGCCUCCACCACAACCCCCACCACCACCACACCCACCACCACUCAACCUCCCACCACCACCACCACCACUGAAGCUCCAACAACCACAACACUGCCCACCACCACCACGCCUGAACCCACCACUCCGGCCCUGCCUCACACCACCCACCCCGUGACACAGGAGCCCACACCGGUUGUUGUCUACACCGAGCCCCCUCUGCUCUCCCCAGGGGAGCCCACCUCCUCCACCCAGCCCCUGGAGGCUCAGACGGGAGGCCCGGUGCUGGACGAGACCAACUCGGAGGAGCUGCCACUGGCCCCGGCGACGGAAGCGGAGGCCCUCAGCGAAACCGACCUGGCCCUGGUGACCGUCAGCAGCCUGGAGGUGGUCGUCUCGGAGACCGAGGCGCCGCUGGUCACCGAGCAACUGCUGGUGGAAGAGGAUGGGUGGAAGAAGGAGGAAGAGGAGGAGGAAGAGUCGGAUGAGUCCGACGGGACGUCGCCCGACGCUCCCCCAGCUCUCGAGGAACCCGAGACGGAGACAGAGACCGAGGACUCCUCCUCCUCCUCCUCAGCCUCCUCCACCACCAGCGCCAUCCUCACCCCACUCAUGCUGCAACCCCCCACCGACUCCUCCCCCCUCCUCCUCACAGACGCCCUCCAGGAGACCGCCAUGCCACCCGAGCAGGAGCAGGAGCAGGAGGCCAUGGGGCCGGAGCCCACUUACUACAUGCUGCCCCCUGGAGCCACGGACAUGCCGGUGGAGGAAGACACCACGGCCCCCGUGGCGGCGGCGACGGACGACCCGGAGCUGCUCCACUGGCCUGAGGAGGAAGUGACACAAGAGGAAGUGAAGGCGGGAGGGGCGGUAGCGGCGGAGGGGAGGGCUGAGAAUGACACGGCCACCUACUCUGCAGCCACCAUGCUGUCGGGGGAUGGGGAGAUGGUGGAGCACCACGGCCAGGGGCAUCAGGGCGGGGCCCAGGGGCAACACUCGUACCCGCGUCUCCUGGACGACGUGGACUCGGAGAUGGACUACCAGUAUGAGAUGGGCGAGGCUUACCUGCCGGGGGAUGAGGCACCUGUGUUUAGCUGGGGGGCCUCGUCGUGUCCGUGCGUGGAGAAGGUCCAGGGCUCCUCCCUACUGCCGGUGCAGGUGGAGAGGAAGAUCACUCUUAGAGCACGCAACCUGCACCUGUAUCAGGACCGUGACCUGGAGUAUGAGUGUGUGUUGGUGAUCGAGGGCCGCACGGUGGUGGUGGACGCCUAUGUGGAGAGUGACGACAUGGAGCCAGAGCUCUUCGACAUCACCUGCCAGCUGCACAAGUAUUCAUACAGUGCCCAUGUGGAGGAGUAUAAUGCUAUGGUGUACGUCAAGAGGAGGAACACCUUCCAUGUGGACAGUGCACAAGACCUCUAUGUGACUCUGUACAACUGCUCGGUGGGCCGUUCGGACUGCAGCCGCUGCCACACGGCGGAGUCCAAGUACAGCUGCGUGUGGUGCGGGGGAGCCCACUCCAAAUGCACCUACAGCGGCUCCUGCCACCAGGCCGUGGAGGACACCUGCCCCGCACCCGUCAUCCACUUUAUUGAGCCUCUGUCGGGGCUGGUGGAGGGGGGCACCGUGCUCACUAUCACUGGCUCCAACCUGGGGCAGAAGGCCCAGGACAUCCAGCGCUCGGUCACCGUGGCAGGGGUGCCCUGCGACGUCAUCCCACACCUCUACGAAAUCUCAUCUAGGAUUGUGUGCCGGACCAAAGCGAGCGGCGAGGAGAAGUCUGGCCAUGUGCUGGUGGAGGUCAGCGGGGGAGGAUUUGGCCUGUCCAGCCAACGCUUCAGUUACCAGGACCCCCUGCUGACGGAGGUGACCCCCUGGAGGGGUCCGGUGGCCGGGGGCACGUCUCUGACGCUGCUGGGUCGCAACCUGCUGACGGGCCGGGCUAGCGAGAUCAAAGUGCUGGUGGGCCACAUACCCUGCACCAUUGUGGGAGGUGUUCAGGAGGGCUCCAUAGUGUGUGUGACUAACGCCAGUGCUAACCAGGGGGAGCACCGGGUGACGGUGCGUUACGGCCCCAGCGAGCGCCACCUCCACGGCACCAUGUACCACUACACCCCCAACCCCAACAUCACACAGGCCGCCCCCUCCAGGAGCUUCCUCAGUGGUGGGCGUGUGAUCUAUGUGUACGGCCACAACCUGGAUGUGGUGCAGGAGCCCCAUAUCCUGGUGACCGUCUACCCAGCCGAAUCCGGCCCUCACCAGAGGAAGAGGAGGAGCAGGAGCAGGAGCAGGAGGAGCAGCCAGCCCGCGGGCCUCCUCAACCCUGACCAGGAGAACUCUCUGGGAAGGCACCGGAGGAUCAUUCCGGAACUAGACUGCCCCAGAGGCAUACUCUGCUCGGCCAAGCAGUAUUCGGAGCGCUGUGAGUCCAACACCUCGUCCCUGCUGCUGUGCCGCACCCCAGCAGUGGACGUGUACGCGCGAGGAGGCCGCGUGAAGGUGGAGUUCCUGCUAGACAACCUUCGCUUCGACUUCCAGACGGUCACGCUCACGCCCUUUGUGUACGAGCUCAACCCCACGCUGAGGAACCUGAGCCAGCACGACUCCAGCAAACCCUUCCGCUACAAGCCCGGCAGCGUCAUCUCCGUGGAGGGUGAGAAUCUGGACCUGGCCAUCUUUAAGGAGGAGGUGGUGGCGAUGAUCGGGGACGGUGUGUGUGCGGUGAAGACGCUGACCCAGAACCACCUGUACUGUGAGCCACCCCCCCAGCAGCCCUCCCCGGGGCCCCCCGGACGCAGGAGGGAGGGGGCCGACGCCCUGCCUGAGUUUACAGUGCAGAUGGGUAACCUGAACUUCUCUCUGGGCCGCGUGCAGUAUGACACCCAUAGCCAGUCCACCUUCCCCCUGGAGGCCAAGAUCGGCGUGGGGGUGGGGGCCUCCAUCGUGGCCCUCAUCGUCUUCAUCAUCGUCCUCAUAUACAGGAGGAAGAGUAAGCAGGCCCUGAGGGACUAUAAGAAGGUCCAGAUCCAGCUGGAGAAUCUGGAGACCAGCGUGCGUGACCGCUGCAAGAAGGAGUUCACGGACCUGAUGACGGAGAUGAUGGACAUGUCGAGCGACCUGGUGGGCUCCGGCAUCCCCUUCCUGGACUACCGCAGGUACGCAGAGCGCAUCUUCUUCCCCGGCCACCGGGAGUCGCCACUGAGGCGCGACCUGGACGUGCAGGAGUGCCGGCGGGCCACCGUGGAGCAGGGCCUGGUGCAGCUCUCCAACCUGCUCAACAGCAAGCUCUUCCUCACCAAGUUCAUCCACACUCUGGAGAGCCAGCGCACGUUCUCCCCGCGCGACCGGGCCUACGUGGCCUCCCUCCUGACGGUGGCGCUGCACGGCAAGCUGGAGUACUUCACGGACAUCCUCAAGACCCUCCUCAACGACCUGGUGGAGCAGUAUGUGGCCAAGAACCCCAAACUCAUGCUGAGGAGGACGGAGACGGUGGUGGAGAAACUGCUGACAAACUGGAUGUCCAUCUGCCUGUACGCGUUCCUCAGGGAUUCUGCUGGCGAGUCUCUGUACAUGCUCUUCAGGGCCAUAAAGCACCAGGUGGACAAGGGCCCGGUGGACGCGGUGACCGGCAAGGCCAAGUACACCCUCAACGACAACCGCCUGCUGCGGGAGGACAUCGAGUACAAAACACUGACGGUGAAUGUAUUAAUGGCGGGCGUGGGGACAAACGAGGCGCAGCCGGUCCCCGCCAAAGUGCUGGACUGUGACACCAUCACGCAGGUGAAGGAGAAGAUCCUGGACCAGGUGUACAAGGGCACCUCCUUCUCCCACCGGCCCCAUACCGACUCACUCGACCUGGAGUGGCGGUCGGGUGUAGCAGGUCACCUGAUCCUGUCAGAUGAAGACCUGACGUCUGUGGUGCAGGGGAACUGGAAGCGCCUCAACACAGUACAGCAUUAUAAGGUUCCAGACGGAGCGACGGUGGCCCUGGUCCCACGCCACAGCAAACACAUCCAUCAUGACAACCACGACUACGUGGCCGGAGAGACAGAGACCCCGAUGCUGGAGGAUGCGGACGAGGGCGGGGUGCGGCUCUGGCACCUGGUGAAGGCCAGCGAGGAGCCCGAGCUCCCCAAACACCGCCGGGGCAGCCUGAGGGAGAGGGAGAGGGCCAAGGCCAUACCCGAGAUCUACCUCACCAGACUACUGUCUAUGAAGGGAACACUGCAGAAGUUUGUGGACGACCUGUUCACGGUGAUUCUGAGCACCAGUCGGCCUGUACCGCUGGCCGUCAAGUACUUCUUCGACCUCCUGGACGACCAGGCAGCACACCACGGCAUCCAGGACCCCGAAACCAUACACAUCUGGAAGACCAACAGUCUUCCUCUGCGGUUCUGGAUAAACAUCGUGAAGAACCCCAUGUUCAUCUUCGACGUGCAGGCCUCGGACAACGUGGACGCCGUGCUGUCCGUCAUCGCACAGACCUUCAUGGACUCCUGCACCAUCGCCGAGCACAAACUGGGCAGGGACUCGCCCAUCAACAAACUGCUGUAUGCCAGAGAUAUCCCGCGGUACAGGCAGAUGGUGGAGAGGUACUACGCCGACAUCAGACAAACAAUCUCCGCCAGUGACCAGGAGAUGAACUCUGCCUUGGCUGAGCUUUCUAGGAAUUACUCAGGGGAGCUGAAUUACCUGGUGGCUCUUCAUGAGCUCUACAAGUACAUCAACAAGUACUACGACCAGAUCAUUGGCGCGCUGGAGGAGGACACCACGGCUCAGAAGAUGCAGCUGGGUUACCGGCUACAGCAGAUAGCGGCCGCCGUCGAAAACAAAGUCACCGACUUGUGACCGGGGAGAGUGCGACGGACGGACAAACUGUGACGGAGAAAAUAAAAGAAAAGAGUGGGAUAACUUUCUAAAAACGAAAAAAUACUGGGAAAUGGACAAAUGUGGAACAUGGGACACUACAGAACAGAACACUACAGAAACUCUGGCCCCUGAGAUGUGGGUUUGGGGUUCUAGCAGACACUCUGCAGAGUCUCGCAUUGAGAAGAAGGAAAAAACACAAACAUUGAGGUGGCAGGAAUGACUGACAUGAGUCGUUUGGACUUGUACUGCCUCGUACUGCCAUAAGGGGGCGACCUCGUUCUUUUGAUUACAGAGACUUGAGGGAAGGGGAGGGUUCAUUGUGAGGCGAUGGAAGGGCUCACAUUCCAUAUUGCUCAAGUGCAGAGCAGCUUGAGCCACAGACACACUUGAGUUUGUCAUAGAGGGAGGACACACCAGAAACACCAGAAAAUGGCUGACCCUGAAAAAAAAAAUUCACGUGUACGGUUUGGGAGACAACCCAAAUGAAGAAAUAAUGGUUCAACCCAAAGGGGUCGAACCUAGAACGUUUCACCUCUCUGACAGUGACAUUGACAGAUAAUCUUCUAUCCAUAGGAGGUUAAGAGUGGUACUGAUUGGGAUGCUUCUACUGUGCCUACCAGACUACAUGUAGUAGCGUCUGCGUAUGCGCCUGUUGCACACUCUGCUCUCACGCUUUCCCAUCACCUGCCACUGCACAGGACACCAACCAUGCACAUGCUACAGACACUCGCACCUGCUAUACAGACACUCGCACUGUGUGUGUCUGAAUGUGGGUCUGUAAUUUGUGUGUGUGUGUGUGUGUGUCUAUAUCUGUGUCUCUGUGUGACAUCAAGAAAGCCUGUGAUCAUACCCUCCACCAUGCCGGGAGAGAACACAAAGCUCCAUUUUCUCUCUCUCUCUCUCUCUCUCUCUCUCUCUCUCUCUCUCUCUCUCUCUCUCUCUCUCUCUCUCUCUCUCUCUCUCUCUCUCUCUCCGAGCGACACUAUUGGGUAUAAGUGGAGUAUGUCAGAAAGUCCCGAGUGUGGCAUGAGUUAGUCUCCUGUGGCUGAGAGGGAUGAUCUGGCCAGUCAAAACAGAGCUGUAUGUUGUAUCAUCCCCCCGGUCAACAAACCUUUCCUGUCUCUCUCUACCUCUCCCUCUCUGUUUUAUGGAGUGUGCGUGUGCGUGUGUUCGAUUGUGUGUGUGUGUGUGCGGGCGAGUGUGUGAGCGUGUGAGCGUGCAAGCGUAUCAGUGCCCAUUCAAAUGUUUUCUGAUCAUGCCACACCUAUAGUAGGAUGUACAAUUCUUAAUUGAGGAAUCUGCAUUUUGGGCAUUAGUUGUGUAUACUUCUUCCUCUUAUUUUUUUUUCUGAAUAUCACUGGCAAGCAAAAAGAAAAGACAUAAAGACAUAAAUUAUGAUCCCUCAAUGUUUUAAUUAUUUAUUUAUGUUUUAGUGAUCAAACUUUUUUUUUCUCCCUUCACAUCCCCACCAUAUCGAUCAACCUGCACAUAUCCGUCCACGUUACAGCUGAACAGAUGAGGUUGUUUGAAAGUGCCCUGCCCAUUAUGUAAAAUCAUGUUUUUAUUUCCAUGUGGUACCAUAAAAGGUAAAAAGCAUUUCACUUUGGUCUGUGCCAUAAGCCUUCAAUGUUACUGUAUGUACAUAACAGAAAAUAAGAGGCUGUGAAUCACGUUGCCGUAAAAAAAAAAAACUAUCAGUGUUAAAACCAACGGUGCAUUUGAUAGAUGGUAUAAUGCUUCACUGUGGAGUCUUUAUUUUGUCCUUUUUUAUUCUUGUAAUUUUUUUUAGCUUUGCUGAAAAUGUUGUUAAGCGUCACUGUAAGGAUGGUCAUUCAAAGAGGUGAAAUUUACCCCUAGGACGGAUGGAUCAUCAGAUGUCAUUGCCAUAUGGUGUGGUUUUAAGAUGCAUUUUAACAUUCCUCCAUGUGGUUCCAGAGUUAGACCAAUCGAGUGACCAUGUGUGAUUUUUUUUAAUGAUUUGUUUUACGGUACUUACUUACCAUAUGAGAUCACUGUCUUGUAAACUAGAGACUCGAAUGUUGCUGAGUAAAAAAAUUGCUGGUUUCGUGCUAAUGUAGUUCUCUUUCUUUGAACACACUAGGCCAGAAAAAAACUGCAGUUAUCAGUGACUCAGAUUGAAUCAAAACAAGAGGUCGAAUUCACUGCUGUACUUACGCAACUGUUAUUACAUCAUGUCAGAUUUGAAUUUUUAAAAAUAACUGACCAUUCAGUAGUUCUUUGACACAAUCGGAACUGUGUGUAUUCAGGUUUACAAUCACCGUGUUUGACAACAGGCUGCACCACAUGCAUGCUGGGAUCUGGUGGGAAAAUGCUGGUAUUGAACACAGUGGUAGUGUGUUAAACAAGCAUCACAAUUAAUCAACUGCACAUCAGUUCUUCAGUCAUUUCUCCGACAAGCUGGCUUCAGUGAUUGUAAGAAUUGCUGAGUAUAUUUAAAAGAAAUGAAAAAUGGCGUGUCCAUCUAAAGACUGACCAACUGGUUAGGGCUGAACUGUUGUUAUGCUCAUUAGGUUGUAUAAAUGUGUCAGAGUAGAGCAGGCUCGCUUUUCACAGCUUUUCCAAUGUUAAUUUACUUGUAAAUAUUGUUUUAACUGAUCCUCAAUGUAGUAGCCCAUUUACUUGUUUAAUAAAAAUGUUAAUACAUGGA